UAUAGUAGAAGACACUUGCCCAAGGUGCCACGCAGUGGGACUGAACCCGGAACCAUGUGGUUGGCAGACAAGCUACUUACCACACAGCCACUCCUGCGCCUAUGUAUGUGCAUAUUUCAUUAAUUUGCAUGUACGGCUCAUAAUUCGUUUGCCUCUACUGAUGGUAUUUUAAUAAUACCAUUCCUCUUAUAUUUAUUCAUAAAUAACUUCACACAUUUCGUUUGCUUAAACAGUGUUUUGUCACUUCAAACGAACUUUUGCACGCACGGUAGGAGAAUAUUUUAAUAUUAGUUAGCUGAAAGACUUUUGCUAAAGAGAAACAGGCACCUAUUUGGCCCUAAUUUCGAAACCAGUACCAAGUUGACCAGCAUUACCUGUGCUGACCUAUCAAAGUGAAUGCACCACAAUCGAUUAAUUCUUCCCAGAACUAAGAACAUAAGGAAAAGUGAUGAUACAUUCAAAAAACUUUAUUUCGCAAAUUCACCGAUUCUCUGCACCGACAUUUGUCAGUAAACAAAUACUUUCUGGAAUUGGAUCCUCGGUUUUUGCCACCUUUUAAAUACACCAAAUGGAAUGAUUCAACGCGGGAUAGAUACUAUAUUCUAAAUACCACCACACUGGUACAUUGAACUGAUGCAAAAUAUAAUUAAACAAACAAUACAAAUUGUAUUGCAGACACAGCUUUCAAGGAAUUUACUACCAUUCUGUAUCGUAGCUACACUGAAAUUUUAUGAAAAAAAUAUUAUUAUACACAUCAAGGAAGCGAGUGGAAGUGAACACGCAUCUAUCAAUAACCAAUCGGUAACCUCAGUUCUUUCAGCGGUUUCUAAUGGGUGAGUGAAGUCUCGAAAUUACUGUAGAUAGAAAGACCUGGAAGUUGUGCUGUUAAUUUCGGUACUUUACGGAAUAUAAAAAUAAUUCCAGAAUCUGUUUUCUCUCUAACUUAUUGACACAACCCUGCGCAUUCACAUUUAGUUCUUUAUUCCUAUUUCGAAGCAAAGCGAGAACGAAAUAACUUACUAAAGGAUUAUAACUGACGAUGAGACACAAAACAUCAAUCAAAAUCUUAUGAAGAAUCAAUAGAAAGAAACGCAAUAAUGUCGAAAUUUACCAAGGAAAUUAAGCGUUAUUAUUCGUGUCGAUGGAGAUUAUGUUAUGCCUGUAGUAUGGCUUUUCUUCUGAUACAAACAUUAAGAGUUGAUCUAGGUAUGGCUUUUGUAUGCAUGUUGAAAACACCGAAUCGUACAGCUGAAGGAUUAAAUUCUACUGCAAGCAACCAGCUUUGUUCUGGUUUGAAGGAUCAUUCCAUCAACCAAACUUUUGAAGGAGAGUUUGAAUGGAGCAACACACUACAAUCACAUAUGUUGGCUGGGUUCUUCUAUGGGUAUAUGGGGGCAGGUUUUGGUGGUGUAUUGGCGGACAAAUAUGGUGGGAAAAGGGUUCUGGGAGCUUCACUUCUCUCAGCAUCAAUUUUGACCAUUCUUCACCCAAGUUUAUCUCGGAUUAGUGGUUACUUUACGCUUGUUCUAAGGAUAUUGACAGGAGCAGCAUCGGGGCUGUUGCCCCCAGCAAUUCAGUCCUUAUUUGGACGUUGGGGACCUCCACAAGAGAUAAGUUUAUUGAUAGGGUUUGCAUAUGCAGGUCAAAUUCUGGGUAACGUUGUAGGUUUAUCAAUAUCAGGUUACCUCUGUGCUUAUGGAUUUGAUAAUGGAUGGGGUUCUAUAUUUUAUGUAUUUGGUGGAUCAACACUAUUGUUUUGUUGUGUGUGGUUUUAUGUUGUUCACGAUAAUCCAGAAGUCCAUCCUACUAUUAGUGAAGAAGAACGUUCUUACUUAAACAAAGCUAUAAAAUGCCAAAACGCAGUUAGAAGGGUGCCGUGGAAACGGUUAAUGUUAUCACCAGCCGUCUGGGCAGUCAACUUUGGCUUGUUUGCUUAUGCCUGGACGAAUGUAUCUUUCCAGACAUUGCUACCUCUUUAUAUGAAAGAAACCUUACACGUUAAUACAACAGUCAACGGUUUAAUGUCGUCUGCUCCUUCCAUUGGACAAAUCAUUGCUCUUCCGUUGUGUGGAAGAUUUGCAGAUUUUUUACGCUCGAACAGAUAUCUCUCGACUCGAGCUGUACGAAUUUUAUUCCAGACUUUUUCUAUGGUGGCUUCAGCAAGUUUGUUGAUCGUCAUAGGAUUUCUCAGAUGUGACAAAUCCAUUCUAAUAACUCUCCUUUUGUUUCUCAGUGGUAUAACUCUAUCAUUUUCCAGUGGUGGAGUUCUCGUCAACAAUAAUGACUUUGCUCCAAGUUACGCCGGUGUUGUAUUUGGAAUCUGUAGCUUCUUUGGCGCAAUAGCAGGCAGCCUUUGUUCCGUGGCUGCAAAAGCUCUCACCCCAAACGGUACACAAGAAGAAUGGCAGAUCGUGUUUGCCUUAUGUGCUGCUAUAUGUGUGUCUGGUGCAAUAUUAUUUGCAAUAUUAGUAAAAACUGAGACGCAAGUUUGGGCGAGAUGGGAAGAACCUAAAACAGAAAUAGAAAUGAAAUAACCGACCUAGGUUCCUGAGAUUUUUUUUGCCGGUUGGCAAUUUCUUUCUAAUAUAUGAAGAUAUGCAUAGCAAUUUAUAUGUAUGUAUGUAUGGAUGGAUGGAUAUAUAUAUAUAUAAGGUAAGUAUGUAUGUAUCUAUGUAUGUUCGUAUGUAUGUCUGAAUAGAGCAAUAUAUACACAUAUAUAUAUAAAUAUGUGUGUGUGUGUGUGUGUGUGUGAGUGUGUGUGUGUGUGUGUGUGUGUGUGUGUGUGUGUGUGUGUGUGUGUGUGUGUGUGUGUUCCGGUUACUAUUUGGAUUACGAAUAGGCCUGGAUUACCUAGAGGCCGGAGGAUUUGCGUCUGCUGUGUUUUUUGAACUUUUGAACUGUUUUCUUUCUUUCUUCCAUCAUUUUGUGACUUUCUUUUUUUCUUGAACUGUUUUCUGUCGUUUUUUAUCCUUCUUUCUUUUUGUACUUUUUGCCCUGAACUGUUUGGACCUUCUGUUGAACUUUUUCUUACAAGAAACAUUGACGAAGAAACAGGACACUGCUUUGGAGUGGGAGAUUUCCCACCCGAGGAGUGGAUGAAGGAUUUGGAAGAGAGGACGGUGGUGUUGAGAACAUACUCCAAAUCGCUCGACUCCAUCGUCUUCUUCCAAAAAAUCGAC